AUGGAAUCAAAACUCAAGCACAACUCAACUUAUCACAUUUAACUCCCUCUCUAUGAAUAAACAUCUGCUAAGCAAAUAGACAUUCAUGUGAAUAUGGUGGCUAAUGAGUCUAUUGAGAAAACUGUCAAAGAUAUAGUUUAGCAGGAGUAACUUGAAAAACUGAUUGACUAUAAGACUAAAAUUAUCCCUUUGAUCACUCAACUUGAUAGGAUUACCACUAAGACUCAAAGCCUGAAAAAAGAUCCAUACAUCUUUAACCAAAUCUAAAAUUUAGUAAAGAGUGCUAAAUAGCAGUAGUACACACAGAAUAUAAAAUAAUCUAGUCCUAGUAAGAUUAGCAAUGAAAUGAGAUCACCAUUUAACUUAUAAGAGGAGCUGAAUUAAGAUUAAGAAGUGGAAUAGUAAAUUGAUAGUGAGGGGGAGCAAAGUGUGCAUGAGAAGGUAAGAAACAUAAGGAAGCUAUCACUUAAGGAAUUACAAAAUGAGCUUAAUAGCAAGCUUGCCUAGAUGAUAGAGAACAAGAGAGAAGAGUGGAGCUAUUUAUCAGAGGAACAAUUAAAGGAAAUAGAUAGGGCAAGAGUAUUAAGUUAAUCUGAUAAAGACAAAUAACUUAUUAUCGAAAGACAUUUGAAAGACACUUAAGAUUGGAUGACCAAUGCUUAGCAAUAAAUGAUAUAAAGUAAGAGUCAGUUGAUCUAAGAGUUUUGGAAAGAAUGGAGUAAUAGUACUCACUCUGAUCCAACUCUUAGAGAUUAAGUUGAUCAGAAUCAACUAAUUAACUGUGAUAAGAUAAGGAUAUCCUAAGGUAUUGUUAAAAAGAUAGAGAUUGAUCUGAUAAUUUCCCUCAACGUUAUAAGCAACUUCAAAUUUUCCUCUCUGUCUCAUAUCGAUUAAUUAAUGAGUUCUUCAUAUACGAGGACAGGCAUGCUGAAUUUUAGUUACUUUGAGGAUAAUAAUUAGCAAAAUAUGGAAAAAUACAGCAAAUUCCUAUAGUUUAGUGAGAUUAAUUCAAUAGAGGACAAUUUCCCUUUGAUGAUGAAUGACAAAUAACUUAAAAGCGCUCUAAUAAGCAACAUAGAUUUUGUAUACAAGCAGUUCACAAUAUAAAUCAAAGAUAUGAUGCAGCCAUUCAUUUAACUUAAAACAGAGUAGUCUAAGUAAGCGAACUAUGAGUACUCUAAUAUAUUCAAAGAUGGAGAUAUCGUUUAUACAAAUCAUACCAAUCUUGAUGUAAUUGAUGUCAUCUUUAAUGGCCUUAUAAACUAUAAGAAUAUGACUAGUAAGAAGCAGUAUUUACAACUACUUUAUCAGUCGAUUAAGAUUGCCAAUCACUACGGUAUUGAGUGCUUUAUUGUCAGAUUUGACUUUCUGAUACAUAUUGGCUUUAGUAAGGUGCAGGAUAAAUAUCAGAAGAUUAUUUAGAAGAUGAUUUAGAUUAUAAAGUAGGCGAUAUACGAGAUAUCAUUUGAGUAGCAUCAAAAGUUAAAGAGUGUAGUAAUUAGUGUUGAUUAAGCCAGUGAGAAUGCAAAUUAAUCAGAAAGAGAAAAUAGAGUUAUAAUUGCAGAUUAUCUAAGGAAAAUUAUAGGAAUUACAUUUAAUUGA